CGACCCUCCAAGAUCGAUCGACCUGGGAAAUUAAAUUCAACCACGGACCAGGAACAAGCUCGCACACACCCACACCUCACCACGAAUCGAGUCGACAACAAUAUCUCUUGUGAGGUUCUAGACGGACGUCAUGGCAGACAGAUAUUCCUUCUCUCUCACAACAUUCUCGCCCAGCGGCAAGCUGGUCCAAAUCGAAUAUGCCCUCAACGCCGUGAACCAAGGCGUAACAGCGCUAGGCAUCAAGGCCACAAACGGCAUCGUCCUCGCGACCGAGAAGAAAUCGUCCUCCCCGCUCGCCGACGCCUCGUCGCUCUCCAAGAUUAGCCUGGUGACGCCCAACAUCGGCAUGGUCUACAGCGGCAUGGGGCCCGACUACCGGGUGCUGGUCGACCGGGCGCGCAAGGUGUCGCACACGGGCUACAAGCGCAUCUACAACGAGUACCCGCCGACGCGCAUCCUGGUCCAGGACGUCGCCCGCGUCAUGCAGGAGGCCACCCAGUCCGGCGGCGUGCGGCCGUACGGCGUGAGCCUGCUGAUUGCCGGUUGGGACGAGGGGAUCCUGCCGGAGGAGGAGCUCGAGAAGGCGGAGCAGCAGCGGAAGCAAGCGAGUGGUGGUGGUGCCGAGGAGGGAGGGGAGGGCAAGAAGCUGGGGGGCAAGACGGGCGGGAUCCUCAAGGGCGGGCCGAUGCUGUACCAGGUCGAUCCUAGCGGGAGUUACUUCCCGUGGAAGGCGACGGCGAUCGGCAAGAGCGCCACGACGGCCAAGACCUUCCUGGAGAAGAGGUACACGGAGGGGCUGGAGCUGGAGGAUGCGAUACACAUCGCGCUGUUGACGCUCAAGGAGACGAUCGAGGGGGAGAUGAACGGGGACACGAUCGAGAUCGGCAUCGUCGGUCCCCCCGCAGACCACCUCCUCGGCGUCGAGGGCGUCGAGGGCGCGGUUGGGCCGCGCUUCCGGAAGCUCACGCCGCAGGAGAUCGAGGACUACCUCACGAAUCUAUGAUUUCGGACAUGGCGUUGUGCGGGUCGGAUUGGGCUGACGGACGGUUGGGACGGGUGACGGGCGGAGCGUUCCGGGGUCCUCUCUCGCUCUCUCUCUCUCUCUCUCUGCAAGCAAGCUUUCAUUGUACACUAGACGACAGGAGCACGAAAGGCUAUAGAGAGAACAAAACACCCCCCGAGCCAGGGGCAAUUUACUGGCAUUCCCCCCCGGGGCUACUG